AUGCCGCAAAAGCCACCCAACACCACCAUCUCGAGGUUGAGACGUUCGCUGGCCUCCGGCCGCCGCAAGGAGGCGGCCACACUCGGCAAGCAGCUGGUGGAGAGAUGGCGAAAUCAGAGCGCGCGGAAGUGCCCCGAGCUCUCGCGGAUUCUCUUAGGAGAGGCCUCGCCUCACGUGCUGCAGGGCUUCUGCCCUUAUGGCUUUGCCGCGGCCCUGCGCGCAGCCUCCUGGUCUCUCAAGCGCUCUCGCCGGGGAGACAGGGAACGCCGGAAGCUGCUGGACGAUGCGCUGUCAUGUGCUGCCAUGGGGGAGAAGUGGUGGACCUGGAACUUCUUCUCUGACACCCGCUGGCAAAGCGCGGUGGAGCCCCUAGACCUGGCGCAGGAGCGGGCGCUGCUGCGCUGGGCGCCCAGGACGAGACCGGGCGCCCGCAAGAGUGAGGACCUCUACCUGGCCGAGUACCAUCAACAGCUGGAUGUUGCUCUGGCCCUGCGCCUGCCCGAGCGUCAGAGCACGGCGCCGCUUCGGAAGGAGAUGCUGCACUUUGCUGGCUUCGGUGUCCACACGACCACCUUGUUGGAGCCAAUGUUCGCGAUGAAAAGGGUCUUGCCAGAGACUAUGGCCUUCGAGUUCGUGCUGUUUGGGGCCACCCACCCACCAUCCGAGAAGUUGAUGUCGGAGGUGUGCUUGCCAGAUUCUCAGCGCCUACAGUGCCGGCUAUCGUACUCGCCUUCGCCCGACUGGUGGACGAACCUGGUGGACCAGCGGCCACUGCAGCCGACCCUGGACACCCUGAGCAAGGUGAUCCUUGCGGACAGCUUUAUCCGGCAGUCGCACUGCCUCGUCUGCGGUGGAGGCAACUCCCCAACCCUGUGCCUCCUCUUGCGCAUGGUGACGGACUUGCCCAUGCUGAUCACGCUUCAAGCGCCCCUGGCCUUCCGCAUGCCCCCUGACGAGGACCACCGGGCCUUGCUCGUCGCCCUCUUCCGCGAGGUGGCCAGGCCCUCGCCCGCAAGCAGAGGUCGCACAGUGACGUCUACGAGCUUGAUCUUCCUCCAGCGCCAGGUGUGGAUCCAAACUGGCUGCCUUUUGCCCGUGGUGCGCAACCACAACUUGUAUGCUGCGGAGGCUGCUCAAGCUGGUCCUGGUGACCCGACGGAUGCCAGAGAAGUCCUCUUCUGGCAGAACCACGUGGCUUUGAAACCGGAUGUCUCCAUGUGCCUGUGGCGUUACCUGAAGCAGCAGAUCAAAGAUGAGGGGGACUUUCCCUUCAAUCUGGUCUUCAAGAACAUAAGGCGCCUGCCCGGCAAGGGGCCGAGACGUAAGGUCUAUAGCCUACCUGGAGACCUUGAUGGUUCCAUGGCAACCUAUGCCGGGCUCAGCAAUCGCUUUGCAGCGGCAGUGCUCUUCCCUCAUGACGUGGGGAUGAUCUCAUUCGACGACCUGUACGCUGUGGCACUGCCCAUCUUUAUGCCCGAUCCGGAGCUCGUCGUAAAUAUCGCCUACGCGCAGCUUGUGAGCACCAAGAACUAUCCUUGGUACCUGCUGCGUGGGGAGCACGCCAAGCUCCACUACGCACGGGCUGACGAUCUGGGCCCGCCAUGGAAUCCUGGUUGGGGAUGGGCCGAGGCCUGGCGGAACUCCAGCGAAAUCUACACUGGCGCUGCCAAGCUUACUGCGGAUACCUUGCGACAGGCAAUCGCAACUGCCAACUAUGUCCUGCUGCCUCACAUCUAUCGCUUCUUCUCCAUUACAGACUUGCUCCACCACCUGGCCAGUUUGGAAACUGGGGACUUGCUCAAGACGCGGCAAGCCAUGCGGAAGGCCUCCCUGGACGCCUGGGAGGUGACGUCCGAGUUCUACCGCCGGGCGUGCAGCUACCUGCUGGCUUAG